UAUGCUCGGAGAAAACCGUUAAAAUCUAGUUUUCACAGAUCUGUAGGAAACAUGUUAUCGAGUUAUAAAGCUUACUCAUAUGUGUGACUGAAUCAAUGUCUGUGUAUAGGAAGAUAUUCUUUCCUUCUGCUUAAUAUAUUCAUGGGAUUUAUACGCUAUGAUAUGAAGUAAUAAAGGACAAAACAAUCGGCAGAAUACCGUGGUCAGUAUGUAACCUGCAGCGGACAAAAUGGCCCCGGUCAUAAAAGCUAUUAAUGUGAUUUAUAUUGCUAUGUUUCCAGUAAUUUGGAAUAGAGCAACAGCCCUUGACUGCUAUGACUGUAAUUCAUUCAACAAAAGUGACCCAAAUUGCGGUGAUCCCUUCCAUCCGGCGUAUGGAGACCUGAAAAAAGAUUGUCAACAGGGUAAGGAAGGGUUUGUCGGCCUCUACCCCGCAAAGUUCUGCAUAAAGUUGAUCGGAAAUACAGUCAGUGACAACAUAGAGAUGGUUUAUCGUGGAUGCUCUUUAGAAUCACUGGACAGUCAGUGUGGUGACUUUAAGUACGAGGGUGUACGGUAUCGCGGUUGUAUGAUGUCAUGCACGGAAGAUGCGUGCAAUAAUUCUAUUGGACUUCGAGCUGACACGUGCACGAUGACAUUGGUGACGAUGAUUCUUUUAGUGACUUCAGCAGCGCAAUAUUUUAAUAUAAGAUAGUGUGAUAGUAGAAUAUGAAUGUAACGGACUGAAUAUAUUAUAUCAUUUACAUGUCAGGAUAGAUUUUUGAAAUCAUAGAUUUGUAUCAGUUUUUAGCUCACUUGAGCCAAAGGCUCAGGAUGAGCUAUUGUGAUCGUCCAGCGUCCGUCCGUCCGUCGUUCGUCCACACUUUCCUUUAAACAACAUUUACUUCUAAAUCAGCAGGCCAGUUUUGAUGAGACUUCACAGGUAUGUUCCUUAGAUGGUCUUCUUUAUUUUUGUUUCAAAGAAUUGAAUUCCAUUUAGAACUCUGGUUGCCAUGGCAACCGAAAGGAAAAACUUUAAAAAUCUUCUUGUCCAAAACCACAGGUCAUAGGGCUUUUAUAUUUGGUUUGUAGCAUCAUCUAGUGGUCCUCUUCCAAGAUUGUUAAAAUUAUUCUCCUAGGGUCAAAUAUGGCCCCGCCACGGGGGUCACUCGGUUUACAUAGACUUAUAUAGGGAAAACUUUGAAAAUCUUCUUGUCCAAAACCACAAGGCAUACAGCCUCAAUAUUUGGCAUGUGACUGGGGUGAAAAGAGGCCCCGCCCCGAAGGUAACAUAGCUUUUAUAUGAGUUAUAUAGGAAAAAUACUUCAAAAAUUAUCUGAUCAUAUUUCCUAGAGACUGUUUAAUUAUCAUUACCGUAUGACCCCAAGUAAUUAGGGAUCAUUUCACUGUAACCUUGACCUACUGACCUACUUUCUUGUUUUUAAAGAUACAGCCUUGAAAUUUGGAUGACAUGUACAGUUUUGCACACUGAUCUUAAAACUGACUUUCAGUGACCAUGAAUGUGACCUACUGACCUACUUUCUUGUUGUUUUAAAAUACAGCUUUGAAAUUUUGAUGACAUGUAUAGUUUUGCAUGCCAAUCUUUAAACAGACUUUCAGUGACCAUCACUGUGACCUACUGACCUACUUUCUUGUUUUCUAAGCUACAGCAAAAGGAUUUGGAACACCUGUAGUAUUUUUUACAAGGUUCAAAAGUAAUCUUGCCUAAUCUUUACCUUGACCCACUCUCCUAAUUUUCUUGUUUUUAAAGCUUUAGCUGAGAAAUCUGUUCAAGCAAGCAACUCUACUCAGAUGAGCGAUAUAGGGCCAUCAUGGCCCUCUUGUUUUUUAGGAAUUGUUUUGUUCUGCGUUUAGUUAUAUGUAGCGAAAAUAAUAAAUUGUCAAGACAGCUGAUAGAAUAUCAUCAUUAUAUUGCUUCAUCAAGGCAUUAAGUAUUUUAUGGUCAUAAGUACAGGUUGUAAAGGAUCGUGCAAUGAUUUCGGAUAUUAGAAAACUGUACAGUAGACAUUUACAUUAAUUGUUUAUUGGGUAAAGUGCUUUUCGUAAUGUGAAAUUGCAAUUUCUUGAAUUGAUUUGAUUUAUAUUGGUGUUAUGUUCGCAUGCAUGCAUAGUAAUGGGUCAGGCUCUACGAAUUGUAUUUGCAGGGUUAUAUAUCCUUAGCUGUAGUGCAUCAGCAUUAAUUUGUUUUAGGAGUUAGGCCCAAUAGAAGUGUUCUGAACAUCUGAUCAUUUCUUUGUAUAAAUUAUAUUCAAAUUUACCUUAAUGAGCAUGAUCAAGUUCCCUGUAUCAUGGUGAAAAGAAACUUGAUGCCAAACAUUCAUGUGCAACAUCUGCUCCCUUUACUGUCGUGAGACAAAAUUCGAAAUGAAGUAAUAAAAAAUGUUGAUUUAAGGGGACGCAUAUUGCUACAUUCACAGUUCAUACAGCAAUGCGGAAGGGGUGCAUAUUCAAGAAAUCGAUGGUGGGAAAAUAAAAAAACAUAUUCCUAAACUGAUAUAAUACUGAUGGACACCUGUAAUAUUCAGUAUUUUGUGGAUAAGGAUGUGGUACUAUGAAUGUAAUAGGAAAACAGAGGUCUUUGUGAAAGUACAUUCAACACAAAAUAUUAAGCUUUUGUAUAAGGAAAAUACAGGUUUUUUACAAUAACAGUGUUCCAAAUAAUGUUGAAGGGAUGAGAUUUUCUUUUUAACACACCAGGUUUGCUUAAACAUGUAAAAAUUUAACGCCACGUCUGUCCAUCUUGGGAUGGGCGCCAUAUUUCUCAUUGAUAAAAAAUGUAAACAAAAAAAUCAGAGUGGGAUUAGCAUUGCAAGGGCAUAACAUGACAUUCUACACAAUGAAUACCUUAGAACAGAUAUCUAAGAUGCUACACAGGUCAGGCGGGUUAAAUGCAUAAUGUCGAUCACUUGAAAUUCAUCUGACAAGGUGGUUAAUUUUAGUUUGUUUACAUGGUUUUUAAUUUUCCCACGACUUCUCGGCGAUUCACUGCAAAUGUAUUACUGCGCCGGACGAAAGGUAACUCUAAUAAACAACGGGAGACAACUUAUGUGUCAGCACGUGUACGAUUUUUAAAAAAAACAUGUCGAUGAUUAUAAUUUCUUAUCAAAAAAUGAAUCCUAUUCAGAUAUUCGUCUUUAAUAUUAGAAAAUUAUUAAUUUCUGUGAACAUUUGUCAAAAAAUAUUACUUACAGUGGACUACUUUGCGCAUCAAACUGGUUUCCGCUUCAGUUGUGAGGCACUUCCGUUAUACUUUUUGACAACAAUAACAAAACACAAAAUGAAUCAAUAAAGUCACUUAUAAACCGACUGCUACUUAAAUCAGUGUAAGUAAAGUUGUUGUUACAACAUUAUACAUGUUCGUUACGUUAUGAGAUAAAGUUUAUCUUGAACUGCAUAAUCCAUUAAUUACGUUUAGAUGAUAUUGCAUUUACAACUUAUUUGACCCCGUUUUUUACGUGAAUGACACCAUUCUCGUGCAACUCGUGCAAACAGAGUUAUGAAAAGUAUGGUGGAGAAUUCAAGGACAAAUUAUAAAUGACAUUAAAGUGAGGAUAACUGUAUAUUCGUACAGUUUUGAUCAUUGGCAUUCCUGCUGUGUAUUAGUAACUUUUGUGAACAAGACUAGAAUGUUGCUUUUGCACAUAUACACAUUGAUUGGACCUCUCAACCAAAUUUCAUACCUUAUUUUAGGGGUUUUUAAGACAAUACAUUUUCAAAAGUUUGUUGAAUGUGUUUUGAUAUUUAAGUGCAUUGUAGUUCAUGAAUACCAAGUUAAAAAUUAAUAAUGGCAACAUUUCUAGGCCUUUAUUGUAAGCCACUAGACUUCUGUAACGAUAAAUGUUUAAUGUAUUAAGGGGAAUAUACUCUUUUAGUUUUGGAAUGUGGCAUUCCUUGACCACCGUAUCUUUUCUUAGGCACUACUUUGUAAACAAACUAAAUAAUGUGUUUUAGCUCACAUACGCGAAAUGAAAAGCAAGACAGUGAACUUAUUUCACAUUCUUUCUUUAAAUUAGAAUCUGUAGGACAUUGAUAAAUGUUUGGACAAAGUGAAGCACUAUUAUUUUCGCACCAAAAAGUCUUAAUUGUUGACUUUGAAUGUACACAAGAAGUCUUAUGUAAUUCAACAAUAACUUUCUUGUUUCAGUUUUUCUCAUUUUUAUUUUAGUGAGCAAUCCUUUGUGUACUUAUAACAGUUCAAACAGUAUUCAUUUCAUUUACCAAAACCUUGUACUUUUUUGCAGGUAAAUUUUAUAAAACCCCACCCACUUUUUUCUAAUUUCAAAGUAUGCGUCCCCUUAAUAGAGAGAAAAUAUAAUUCUAGAUAUCUGAAUGAUCCGUCUUUCGAUAAUCUAACUGUAUAUUUAUCUGCGUUUUAUUGUUCCUUCUCAAGAGAAGGAACACUUAUGGUUGACUGUGCAGGUAAUAGAUACAAGGGUAGUGUCAAAGAUAUCCGAAUACCAGUAGGGACGAUGCAUAUGCCAGUGUGUGUUUAUGCGUCUUUAAUUAAUGUUAAUCUAUUGUGAAAAGCAAGAUAUUAACAACAAGCCGACAAGGAACAAUAAUUCACAUAGAGUAUUAUUGAAUAUUUGAUAAUGUAGAAUAGAGAUUAUUAUAAAAAUAAACUCCUUGAAUGAAAUA